CCCCCUCCCCGGGUGAGAGGUUAACAGGAAAGCCGGAUGAGCCUGCCGUGUACACACGGCAGCGGGGCACAUUGGUUGCACUGCGAGAUCACGCGAAAGGAAUGGCGCACCUCGAAGACCUGAAUGCAGCGGGCAUGCGCCUGGAGAGAUUGCACACAGACAGGCACUACACAGCAAUUCUGCAAGUCUUGGACAGGUUGGCCUCUGCCCGCGUGUGUUUGGGAGACUUGCGGCAAACGGCGAUUGCUCGCUGUGUGUCUGGACUCGAACGAGGCUGCGCCGAUGCCAGCGUGCGUGCCAAGGCACGUUCCCUGCUGCGCUCCUGGAAUAGGGUCUGUGCACUCGCGUGUGAUCCAGAAGCUGAGGGUCAGAGUUCACCUGAAACCAAGCGGAACAAGUGGCUUCCUGAUGGCCUUUGUCAUACCGUGGGGCAUAACAGAACUGCUUGCGAUGGUGAUGAGAGCAAGGGGGGCGGUUGUGCAGAUUUUGGAGACGAAAGUUGCGCUCGUUUGACCAUUGAUGCCAGCAGCCAAAGUUUGCACCAACAUUUGAGAGACGUUUACACGGAUCAGAAUUUAUCGGUGCCAACCACAGGCGGAGAUAAUGCCGAGACUACAAACUUGACUGUGUGUGAGCUGUCUGGAGGUAAUUGGCUUAUGGCUACCGUGUCGGAAAAUGUUAUUUCGUGCGCACAGUCUGGCAAUGUUCAUUCGUGCACACAGGCCCUCAAAGCUGACACUGUGACCAGCAAGGUGAAUGUAACUCAGUGUAAUCGCGCUGAAACCGACCCACAUGCUAAUGAGUUGCCUGAAAAUGUUAACAUAAAGCCGACGCAAGCGUGUAGCGUGCAAGCAGUGAGGGAGAAGGGGAUUCAGCUGCUCUACAAGGGCCUUCUUGGAAUUGACACUCGCUCUGCUGCACCUUCUGGAAGCUGCAAACCCUUUUGUAGUUCCGCAAACAACAUUGCCGAGUGUCGUGAACUCUCACAGGAGAGCACCGCAACUUUAGAUUCUCAAAGCCUCAGUGGAGAUGUAAAAUCGUGCGUUGUCCACGGAAGUGCAAGCGAAAGACGAACUGGUCCUCACAGUCCCGACUCCUCGGUGUUGGAAACAGAACCGUCAGAGGAGGAGAGCAAAGGAGACAAAACGCAUCUCAUUGAACUGGCGAAAGAGAUCGAGCGGGCGAUCUUUGGGUUGCACCCGAGCGUGGACAAGAAGUACCGAGCGUGUCUGAGGAGCAAAAUCGCCAACCUUCGCCACCCACAGAACGGCGAGCUGGCCGGGCGGGUGCGGGCUGGAGCGGUGAGCCCGGCACGGUUCGCCGCCAUGACCCCGGAGGAGAUGGCAUGCUCAGAGCUGAGGCACCUCCGGAACUCUUACCAACAAGCUGCCCUCAGAGAACACCAGCUGCCGCACAGGCCCGGCGGAACGCCCACGGACCGCGUGCGCUGCCGGCGCUGCGGAAAGUUCAACUGCUCCGUGUCGGUGGUUUGUCGCGGGACGCUUUUCAUCCCGGGCUGGGUGCGUGGGGACAGCCCUGACGAGCAGCUUAUGACAUUCCUGACGUGUGAGGAAUGCGGCGAGAAGUGGUACAAUGCUGGGUGGAUGGUGACCUGAGGGUCGCCUCUUUGCUGGAGAGUGAUGAGUGCAGGUCGCAAUAUGUUCAAGAGAUGGCAGUACAGCAAUUAUAUUGAAUGUAAUUGUGCACAGCUUUGAGUGUUUACCCCUCAUAUGUGGAGUGGUUUUUCUCCAGGCACACCAGUUUUCUCCCUCAUGCCAGCCAUUAUCGGAAUUGGCCAAAUAUCCCAGAUCCAGACCUUCCUAGAACACGAGUCCUAGUGAGUGAGGCUUUUCUGGAUAAAGGCUGCUGUUGGAUUUGGUAAAUGAGUGAAGUCUGUAACUUAAGCAUGAGGUGCAUUGACAUGGCAAUGGUAAAGUGUUGACAGUGUUGACGAUGUAAUCUUCUCUAUCUGAUUCUGUUCUAUUUGGUCCAGGUGAUAGCCUACUGAGAUAACAAUGCUACAUCACUCUCGCAAGAGACCUGGGGUACUAUUUAUUCACUGACGUAAGGGCAAUUUCUGCCAAUUAUUGGCAGUGAAAAACACUUUUCAGGGCAUAUAGAGGGUUGUGCCCUUCAUGUGGAUACAGAGGCCCGUGACCUCAGAAAUAGUUUUGUGACGUCUCACAUUCUUUGACAUGGUGAUCCACUGCUAACUGCGUCAUCCAGUCAGAGUUCUGAAUGGAAAUGUCUUCAUCUUAUGACAUGCCAAAAUAAAAAAAAAUAGCAACAGUGAAAAA